CAUGUUCUCAGCUCCAUGUUCUCAGGUGAGCUCCAUGUUCUCAGGUCAGCUACAUGUUCUCAGGUGUAGCCAGGAGGAUUCGUCGACUGCCAGAGAAUCAUGGAGCCAGAUGUGAUACGCAUGUACUCCUCCUCCCCGCCGCCAAUGGAGGACGGUGCAGAGGAAGAAGAAGACGAGUUUGGAGACUUCGGCACCUUCUCUGCUGUCCCAAACAGCAUCAGCCUCACAGAGUUUGACACCCCCACCACUUUUAACCAGACCCAAGCUCUGACUGCCACCUCCCCGCCCGAGCUCAUCAACAGCAGAGGCGCAAAAGGGUUUGGCUCUUCUAAUGGCACCUGCAGCUCCACUAAUGAUCGCCCCAAGGCUAACGGUGUCGUGCCAACUAGCCACCUGGGCAGUUGUCCCUCAGAAAGAACUGAGACAAAAAAAGUCCUGUUCUGCUCCCCGGAGUUUUCCGUGAGCGACUCAGUUGGCGGCGAGCUCGCUGACUGCAAUGGUGAAGGCACAGCGGUGCUAACAAACGGGUUUGACGUUCAGGGAAGCCCCUCCUCGCAGAAUUCUGUCCACUCUCAUAUAAAAGGGACGUCCACAGAGGACACUGGAAAUAUCCCGGUCAGCAGCCCAGCAGACGAAUUUGCAGACUUUGCAGCUUUUUCCGAUGCUGAAGGGAACGACGACUCGAACAAUCCCUCAGGGGUCAGCUGGCUGGGGGAGAUGUCCUGCCUCGACCAGCACUGUAAUGCAGAGCAGGGAACGAGUUCAGAGGACACUAUCAGGGACACAAACAGAACUGGACCCAACUCUGAAUCUAUAUCUGCUCCAACAGAGGCCCUGCAGGCCCUGGACCGGGGCUCUCACACAGAUGUUGCCUCUCAACAAAGGGAUGUAGCCUUUGCACAGGAGUGCUCUGCCUCAGAGGCCAUUUGCACUAAUGAAGCUCUCUCUCUGAACGGGGUGGACGUACCUGACGGGGACGAAUCCAAAGACGCUGCGGGCUGCAUUGAAAAUGACCUCUCGCCUGACGCGACUGCAGACAGCGAGGCGGGACAGUCGGACGAGAAGGGCUCUUGGAACGAGACUGAGACAGAGACCGAGACGUCUUUCGGCCGGCCGCUAUCGACAGAUGCUCUGGAAGAGUACGGUGACAUCAGCACCACGGGCUCAGCGCCCUCCCCGCCCCUCCAGGGGGAGCCCUCCACGCCUUAUGACCACAGCCAGCUGGCAGAGGAUGACGAGGACUUCGGGGACUUCGGUGACGCUGAUUCAUUUGGUGGUCAGGGCUUUGCUGAUUUUGAACAGUUGGACAUACAGGAAGUUACAAACACAGACGAGGACAACGACUUUGGUGACUUCAACUGCCCCAAAUUUCUCAGCAGCGGAAAUAGGCUGAAAGAUGAAGGAGGGUUUGCAAACUUCCCUGUCAGCAACAGUUUUGGUAACUUCAGCUCGGCCGUUGAGGGCGCAGACGGUGAGGAGAGUGCAGGGUGGAGCGCUUUCGGGGAGCAGGAGCAACAGGUGGAGGAGGAGGGGGAGUCGUGGGCGGCGUUCAGCUCAGAAGAGAGCACCACUCUCCCUGCAGAGAGCAGAGAGGAAGCAGAGGACAUAGAGGAGGAGUGGCAUGAAAGUGAUGCUGCUGCAGUCAGCAAGGAAACGAGUAGGACGGACAGUCAGGCGGCGUCGCUGUCCGCUCGUCUGCUGAAGCUGUUUGAGAGCAGCUUCCCUCAGAGCACCGGCGCCGCCCUGGUGGAGGACGAGGUGGCUUCACUGAAGAUCCUGCUGGAGCCUCCGGAGGACAAACAGCCCGGAGCUGAGGAGGAGACGAGGUCGACGUGCAACAGGUGGGUGCAUGGCGGCGUGUGGACGCAGCUUCAGGACAUCAACGAGGCGUUGGGCCUCAGGUACCAGUGGGGCGGCUCGCACGGUAACAAGGUUCUGCUCUGCUGCCUCGGCAUCGACACCAGAAAUAUUCUGUUCACGGGUCAGAAGAAGCAGCCGGUCAUCGUGCCAAUGUACGCCGCCAGCCUGGGAAUGUUGGAACCCACCAAAGAGCCUGUGAAGCCCGUCUCCGCGGCAGAGAUGAUCGCGUCGAUCGCUCAGACGUCUCCGGUGCCUCCAGAGAAAAGCUCCUGUCCGUCAGACUCAGUGCAGGUGACGCCUCAAGAAUAUUACAACAAAGAGUUAGAGUCACAUCCUGUUCAGGACGAACAAAAGACGUCAAACAGACAUUUGAAUCUGUUCGGGGUCAAAAUAAACCAGUGUCACAGAGGAGUCACAGUUCCUGGUGUAAACAGCAG